UUGCUCGAAUCUCGGUGAUUCCUGAAAGUUUCCGCCGGCUCGCCUAUGAUCCUUUGUCCACGUCGAUUGCAGUUAUGAGUGCUCAAUAUGCCGCCCGCAUCCUGGAGCUGUUGAAACAACUUCAAUAUCCCGGCGCAGAUCAUUUCACGGAGCGUGACAUCGAGAUUCUUGCUCAGCACCCGAUUGUGAAAGCAGUCAUGAUAAAGUUCGCGAACCUCCACCCGGAUCAGUUUUUGUCCAAAGAACAAGUUGACGUAUUACGCUUGGCCGGCGAGCUAAACGAUCCGACUUUCUUACCUCUGGAUCCUGUAGAGAUUCGCAGGCAGACCGCGGAUCUCCGGAAAACGGAGCGAGAGCGCAAACGCUUGAGGAUGCAGGAGCGUCACCGGCGUGAGGAGCUCAAUGAACUCGGGAAAUCAAUCAGUCUACUCGAAGAAGACGGGAAGUUGAGGGAAUCUGUCCGACAGGCACAUGAGCGAACGGCCGCUGCACUCGAGGUCCAGGCCAAGAGAGCAGAAGCUUCACUGAAAGCGGCACAGCAGGACCUGCAGGCUUCUACGUCGAUGUUCAAAUUAGAAGUACAACAGACCCUGAAAGACAUGAAGAUAACUGUGGAGAAAGUCAAAAGGCCGGGAGGGCUGAGGUCUCUAUUCGAUAGCGAGUCCUACAUCGCAUUCGCGAACGAGAUUGUCGACAUCACUGAAACCGCUCAUGGGAUGAUCUCCCAACCAGAAGCUCUGCCCCAGAAAUACGCGAUACUCGUCGGAGAAAAGAAAAUUGCACUCAUCAGGACUUUGGAGCACACGAUAGACAGCUUGAAUGAGUCUUGUGAGACGGUAUUGGAAUCCUUGCGACCGCUGUGUCAAAACUCGUAUACGUUCGCCAAAUUAACUGAGACCUUGGAUGUGUACAAAACGAGUCUGAAGAAUUCCAUCAACUUCGUGAUCAAUCAGCUCUACGAUACGGCUGCGAUGAUAAAUAAAGGACAGCUGGAAAAGAUGUUGCCGAUACUGAGAAACCUGGAGCAGGUGAUUUUCGCUCAUAAAAGCGUUCUGUCGGAAGAGAGCAAAUUCCUUGAGGAGACGCUGGAUAUGAUUCGUUGUGUUCACGAAUGGAAACAAGCCCUGCUCCCCGCAUCUAGUGAACUAUCGUGCGCCUCGGUUCUUCGCACGACGUUUCAGUCCAAUGCUACGAUGUCGAAUGAUAUGACGUUCUACCCCAGUCCUGGUCUGUCGUCCACAAUGUUCGAGCACCACAGUCAAGUGCAAUCUUCCAUGAACUCGACAGCGUUCUGCCAAAAAAGCUUACUCCCGGCUGUGUGCAACCCGAAAGGAUUGCAUCAAUGUAGCUACUUCGAAGAGAUUCUUGACUCUAUAUCACGGGAUCGCGCGCUAUUCCACAAGAUAACGGAUCAAUUCGAUUCGGAUCGCAGCGUACUGUGCGGAACUUCCGGAAUCCAGUUCCUGUCGGAAAGUGAUCGAACACAAUUGAUGGCUCUCUCUCAGCGAACUAUCAGCAAGAAAGCGGAGUUGAAAAAACUCAUCCAGACUCACGAAGCUCUGGUGAAAGAUGCGCGAAACCAAAACCAAGCGCACUUCAAACGGCUGCUGUUACCACUCUACGUCCUUGACCGUCAAAAAUAUGAGGAUACAAUGCGGAGUAUAGGGCUCGUUGUGAACAUCUUUCAAUAA